GUUUUUGUUCUCUCUCUUUCUGCUUUCAGAUAAAAAAAAGCUUUCAGCUUGAAAGCACAGCACAAAGCCCACGUAGAUUUAUCCGUUCUCCGUUCCUCUCAAGAUCUAAUCGCUCAACACCCUUUUCACAAAGCCCCUACAGUUUUCGUUUUCUUGUUGAAAAAACAAAUAGUCUCUCAAAGCUCAAAGCUUUUUCAUUUAUUAUUUGUUUUCUCACAACACAAAGUGUACUAGUUUUUUUUUUUUUGGUCGUUUUCUUUGAUUCAUCAAAUUUUAGUUAUUUCCGCUAAAUUACAGCUGCAUUUUUCAGACUCCUCCGCCACAAAAGUUAUUUUGCUGAUUUGUUUUUAGUAAAACAAGAAUUGAGUGACUGUGUCUUAUUUGCAAACUAAUCGUUUUUGUUCCCUUUUUCUUUGCACUUGUCGUUUGCUAGAAGUUAAGGGUUGUUGAUCCUAGCAUUUGGGUGCUUUUUUUGUUUAGUUUUAGCUUCUGGGUAUUUUUGGUUUGGUGGGAUUAUUGGGUUUCGGUUAUCUGGAUUUUUGUGAUCUUGUGGUUGGAGUUGCAGUUAAAGUUCAACUUGGUGAUUUAUUUGCGUUGAAGUGUUUUCAUGCUUUGUCGCUGAGAUGCAGCCUGAUCAAAGAAAAAAGUCAUCUGUAGAUGUAGACUUCUUCACAGAAUAUGGUGAGGGGAGUAGAUACAGAAUUGAGGAAGUGAUUGGUAAAGGAAGCUACGGUGUUGUUUGCUCUGCAUAUGAUACACAUACUGGAGAAAGGGUUGCAAUUAAGAAAAUCAAUGACAUAUUCGAGCAUGUCUCUGAUGCGACCCGCAUCCUUCGUGAGAUUAAACUUCUCAGACUCUUGCGUCAUCCAGAUAUUGUUGAGAUCAAACACAUCUUGUUACCUCCAUCUAGACGGGAAUUCAAAGACAUAUAUGUUGUUUUCGAACUCAUGGAAUCUGAUUUACACCAGGUUAUUAAAGCAAAUGAUGACUUGACUCCAGAACACUACCAAUUUUUUCUUUAUCAGCUUCUGCGAGGUCUGAAGUACAUUCAUACAGCAAAUGUCUUUCAUCGAGACCUGAAGCCCAAGAAUAUCUUAGCAAAUGCUGACUGUAAACUCAAGAUCUGUGACUUUGGUCUUGCAAGAGUAGCUUUCAGUGAUACUCCGACGGCUAUUUUUUGGACUGAUUAUGUUGCAACAAGGUGGUACAGGGCUCCAGAACUGUGUGGAUCCUUUUUCUCAAAGUAUACACCAGCAAUUGAUAUAUGGAGCAUUGGUUGUAUUUUUGCUGAGCUUUUAACUGGGAAGCCUCUUUUCCCUGGGAAAAACGUUGUUCAUCAAUUAGACCUCAUGACUGAUCUUCUUGGAACACCAUCAGCUGAAGCCAUUGCCAGGGUGAGGAAUGAGAAAGCUCGGAGAUACUUGAGUAGCAUGCGGAGGAAAAGACCCAUUCUUUUCUCGCAGAAGUUCCCUAAUGCCAAUCCCCUUGCACUUCGUUUAUUAGAAAAAAUGUUGGCAUUUGAACCCAAGGAUCGACCUACGGCAGAAGAGGCCCUUGCUGAUCCAUAUUUUAAGGGUUUAGCCAAGGUUGAGAGAGAGCCUUCUGCGCAACCAGUUACCAAGAUGGAAUUUGAAUUUGAGAGACGAAGGAUAACAAAGGAAGAUGUAAGGGAGCUUAUAUACCGAGAAAUUCUUGAAUACCAUCCUAAAAUGUUGAAAGAGUAUUUAGAAGGCUCGGAACCAACAGGCUUCAUGUAUCCAAGUGCUGUUGAUCAUUUUAAGAAGCAAUUUGCUUACCUUGAGGAGCACUAUGGAAAUGGCGCCACUGUUGCUCCACCCGAGAGGCAACAUGCAUCAUUACCCAGGCCAUGUGUAUUGUACUGUGAUAAACCAAUACAGAAUUCAGUAGAUGUCACAGAUAAUCUUUCCAAAUGUUCCAUCAAAGAAGUUGAAAAACCACCUUUGGAUAGGACUUCUGGGGUGCCUAUGACAAGGCUCCCUCUUCAAGUUCCUCAAAGUACCCAAGCGGGUGCUGCAAGACCUGGGAAAGUUGUCGGUUCAGUAUUGCGUUACAACAAUUGUGGAGCUGCAGUGGCAGCAGAGGCUCUUGAUCAGCGGAGGGUGGUGAAAAAUCCAGCAGUCUCUUCUCAAUAUCCUGCUAGUUCAUAUCAACGAAGAAACCCUAUCUGUAAAAAUGACUCUGCAGAUGAUGCAUCCGUUGAAAGUUCCAAUGGACUGCAGCCAAAACCUCAGUACAUGGCACGGAAAGUUGCUGCUGCUCAAGGCGGUUGUGGAAGCAACUGGUAUUGACACCAAGUUUGUGUUUUUCAUCUACACUAAACUGAUGAUGGUGGUGCCUCGCUGCUGCGGAUUGAUCUUCUUUCAACAAGAAAUCAUGUGGCCUGCAGGGACUGAAGUCUGCAACAUCACAAAGCUCUCAAAGUUGUAAUUUGUAGCUCUAACUAGAAAGGUUGACCCUGUACUUGUAUGGUCAGAACAAUAAACAAGGCAAUUCCUUGAGUUGCCAAGUACUCUUGUGUUUUCUUGAAAUUCUUUUCAGGUUAGAAUUUUGUUAUCACCACUUUGUCCUCCAUGUCUGAUUCCUCCAUGUCUGAUUCAAGUUAUUUUGGGCAGGCCAAACCUGUAACACUGAAUUGUUGUAUCCUUUUGACUUGUGUAUAAUCACAUCUAUUUUGUAA